AACAACAAUCAGAAUACAACUCACAGAAUUCAAUUGAAACUCAGUUGUGUUCCCAUUCAACUUUUACUUUCAACUUGUAUUCAUUUCGUGCUCCAUGUUGCUUCGGCAAUAUUUUUCAACCUGUUACUGCUUUCGAUCUUCAAUCUUAUUUUGAAUGUUAUCUUACAUGCAUGUAAACAAUGAUCCAAUGAUUAAUUCAUUUGUUAUGUUCCUAAGUUUAGUUUACCAUUGAUCAUGAAACUAGAUUCAUGUAAACUCUUUGAUGGUCUCUUCUUGCAACAUCCAAAGGAUCCUUUGCUUUCUAAGUUGGUGUUAGUUUUGUUCAUUUUGUUCAUUCUGUUGACAUGGCUUGUACCGUGUUACAUGGGUCAAUCAAUUUACCCACAAGUGACUCUGAAACAAGGCAUUUUAAGAGGAAGACCGAUGAGAACAGAAGAUGACAAAGAGUUCUUUGGAUUUCUUGGUAUUCCUUAUGCUAAACCACCGAUCGGUCCUCUUCGGUUUAAACAACCAGUACCACACCCAGGUUGGUCAGGUUUAGCUGAUGCUUGGACUUAUAAAGCAAGCUGUCCUCAAUUGGAUACUCGUGGUGUUGACACUGGAAAUGAAGAUUGUCUUUAUCUAAAUGUUUACACUCCAAGUGUCGAGCGAACUCCAUUCAAUAAUUUUCUUUACCCAGUAAUGGUUUUUAUUGGAGCUGGUACUUUUGAAACUGGUGAUAGCUCUUUAUAUGGACCUCAAAAGAUUAUGGAUAAAGGAAUCGUUUUAGUCACUUUUAAUCAUCGGAUUGGUUUAUUAGGCUUCUUGAGUUCAGACGAUGAAAGUGCAUCAGGUAAUUGGGGAUUAUAUGAUCAAUUAUUGGUUUUGCAAUGGAUUAAAAGCAAUAUCGAGAGUUUCUCUGGCGAUCCAAGUAGUGUUACCAUUUUCGGACAAGGGGCUGGUGCAGCUUCCGUUUUCUUUCACCUUAUAUCGCCUCUGUCUAAAGGUUUAUUUCACAAAGCAAUUUUAGAAAGUGGUUCAGGACUUUGCGAUUGGGCUCUGCAGUCAGAUCCUUGGGACUAUGCUGUUCAAAUAGGCCAGCGCUUGAGAUGUCCAAUAACACCACGGGAUACUUUAAUUGAAUGUCUUAGAGUUGUCCCAACACUCGAUUUGCUACGAGCUCAAAGUAAUGGUAAAAUUUUAGGUGAAUACCCAAUAAAAACUGUACCAGUAGUUGAAAAAGGAACUACCAACAGAUUCUUGCCCCAGGAUCCAUGGCAGUUAUUAACAAGUGGAAUCGUGAACAGGGUUCCCGUUUUGAUUGGAUACAAUACACAAGAAACUCUUUUCUUUUAUCCUGAAAUAGAACAAGCUUUUAGGGAAGAAAGUGGACGAGCUCAUGAAAAAUUGACCUCAGAUUUCCUUGAUUGCUGUACACCAUUCAAAGGAAGGUCAAAGGAGCGAGUAGUACCUUUGAUUCUUUAUGAGUAUUUCAAUAAAAUGGAUCCAUUCAAUUCAACUCAGGUCGCUUCUAGAUUUAUUGAUUUGUCAACCGAUGCUCUAUUCAUAAGCUGUAUUGAUGAAACAGUUCGUAUCCUUUGGGAGCUAAAUUUACCUGUUUACCUUUACAUUUUCGACUACCGUGGACAGAACAGUAUGGUUGAACGAAUUAUCUCUAAAGCAUUAAUUCCUGUCGACACUGGACCUUCUCAUGGAGAUGAGUUAUUUUAUAUAUUUGAUAUGAAAUUGGGAACCAGUCGUAAUCAACCUUUCCGUGAUAAAAAGGUUUCCCAAAGAAUAACCUCUUUAUGGACUGACUUCGCUAAAUUCGGUUAUGCUCCUAGGACAGUAACACCAGAAUAUCCUCGUUGGAAUAAAUUCAAUACCAAUCAUCCAACAGCUUUGUAUAUUGGCGGAUCUCUUGGAAACAUAAGCUUUACUAAAACUCGAGAGGCUCAAUUUUGGUCUAAAAAUUUGAAAAAUUUAUCAGGAAUCAAUCCUCACAUGCUGGCUCGGAUUCGACAAGCUCGUCCUUUGUAUAAAACACUUGCUUGGACUAUGAUUGGUGUUAGUCUGUCACUUCUAAUCAUGGUUAUCCUACUGUUAUCAAUAUUGUUUUACCAACGAAGAUCUUCAAGCUUCAGAGCUGGAUUACAGAAUGGGCCUGAUUUGAGUAAAACUAUUUGGAAUGAUUAUUUUGGUCGAAAUCGAUUCCUUCCAAGAAGCAACCCAACAAUUUCAUCAAUGUUUAUCAGUUCGCCUGUUAUUUUCAACACUCCAGACCAUUUUGAAUCAAUUGCUGAACUAUCAUCAGUUGGAUCAAAUGGAGAUGAUAAAUCCCAAAGUUUCAUUCAGAAUUGAAAAAGAUCAUAAUUUCACUUAUAUCUUCAUAUGUUUAAUAGCCAUGAUGUAAAUAUAAUAAUCUGAGUUACCCAUUUGAAAUAAAAAGUAAUUUUGUAAAUUCAAAA